AUUUUUUGUUAAAAUUUUUAUUUUUAUUUUAAUUGUGCAUCAAGAAUAUUUUGCACAGUUGCUCUUCCUUUGCCGCUUUGAUGCAUUAGGAUUUAUACCUAUGCACCGGGAAUGCGAAGCCAGGCAGGCGGGAUACUUUUCUUUCGUACCCUCGCAGUGAGCAAAAUCGCGGUGACUUAUAACUACACGGCUUCAAAUAUUGGGAAGGUGGAAAACCCUAACAAUUGAAGGUGGGUUAUGACAGCCGAAGGUGUCGGGAGAAUGUCGAAGAAGAUGGUCACAAGGAGAGAGCUGUUGGACCGAUGGAGGGGCAUCGAAGAAGACGACGACAUUGCAUCUGUAGACCUUCUCAAGCGACAUCGUUUCCGCCUGCUCAAAGAAGAAUGGUUUUCAGAUGCAUUCAACUACUUGAUCUUUUUGCCGGAAGAAAAUCAUAUUUGGUGUGGUUCCUGGGACCUAAUGGGACCUCUUCUGGAGACUUUCUAUAAUUAUUUUAAGGAUGAUCGCAGUGAUUCUCCUCUAAAGCUCCUAUUGGACAGAACAUCUAGGGAAAUGCGCCAGUGCACUCAAUGUAUAUGUCAAUACCAUCAAGCCCAAGAGCUUUAUAGUACAGAAUACGACUCAAGUUCCAUUGGUCCUCUUCUUGAGGUGCUGCGCACUCUUGAUGAAGAAAGGAUCAGUCAGCAUCUUAAAGAGAUUAAUAGCAGAAUAAGAUGUGGAGAGUACGACAUCGUGCAUGACAGCGGAGAAAUAGUUAGCGUCAUGUUUGAGGUUUUGAUGUUCCCAAUUUUGUUAGAUGAUUCUUAUUUGGCAAGUGAAUUUGAAACAUUCAUUGACGCAAUCGACAAAUCUCAUGAACUGACCUUGGGUGGACACCAGCAGUAUCCGGGAGUUUAUGCAUUACUUUUCCAUAAAGGCCGAAGAGCUCGUUCUAUAGGUUUGCGGCUGGCUGGACGCAUGAGUAAAUUGAGGCAAUCAGCAGAUUUGGAUGCUUUGCAGCCUUUGCUGAAGAAGUACAUUUCUUAUUUGGCAGCAGACGUGUUGUCAUUGUCUAGUCAGAAUCCAAGGCCUAGGGUUGAGUUGGAUCGAGUAACUGUAUGGCUUGGGAUCAAAGCAUUGCUUGGAUUCUUGGAGCCUCCAGCAUUUGAAGAAGGCAUAUUAGAUCGUUAUCCCAUUUUUCUGAGUGUUGUUCUUAACCAUAUCAGUGAUGAUUCACCAGAAUUUUCUUAUGCAGUUAAUUGUCUGAGAUUAUUGUUUGAGAUGCUCGGAUAUAAGCUUUGGUUGAAGACUUCAUUAUCUCCAAGUGUGAUGCGCAAUACACUAUUGGGUCAGUGUUUCCACACUCGAAAUGAAAAAAGCCAUAAGGAAAUCUUUGAUCUUUUCCAGCCUUUUCUACAGUCUCUUGAAGCUUUACAAGAUGGAGAACAUGAAAAGCAACGAAGGAAUCUUCUUUAUUUUCUCCUGCAUCAAGUUAGUGUGAGUAGUAACUUCAGCUUGCUCAUGAGAAAAAAGGCUUGCCAGAUAGCUCUUCUCAUAGUUCACCGAGGUUAUACUAUGAACCCGCCUUCUCCACCAUAUGAAUGUGCACAUAUGUGGGGACCUUCUCUUGUGUCCUCUCUGAAGGAUUCAUCGCUUCACAGUUCUCUCCGUCAACCUGCAUUUGAUGUUGUUCAAAUUAUUAUAGUUUCUGAUGCUGCAGCUCUGGUAACUUCAAUUCUGAAGUAUGGACUUGCUUCAAGUGAUGAAAGAUGCUUGCCGUUCCAGCUUGAUGAAGAAGAUGGCCAAGAAAAUUUGUUUGGUUGUGAUUUUGAAGAAAAUGAUGACAGUUGUUGGAAGGAAUUUAGUUCUCAAGCUGAUAUAUCAUCAGAUGUAUGUGGGGAUUGGAUGUGCAUCCCAAUGUUGUGGUUUGAGGUUUUAGUUGAAAUUGAUCCCUUGGUUCUUCCAGUAUCAUUUGCUAAGGCUGUUUUCUGGGCUUUGUCACGCCUUUCUUUACUAGAAUCUGAUAAUGACGCUGAUAUGACACCUUCACUUGGUCAUUGGUUGAGAACCUGUGCUUCAGAUAUCUCUCAUGUUUUCAAUUGGAAGGUUCCAUCUGGUUCAAAUGAUGGUGGCGAGGGAGUGGAAUCUAAGAACUCCAUUAAGGUCUCAACAAAGUGUAUACCUCUAAUUAGGCUUUUCAAGAGGUUGACUGCUCAUUUCAUCAUUAGAAUGGAUCAAGGAGAGCUAAGGAAGCAGUGGACCUGGGAGCCCAUGAUGAGUGACAGUUUGAUUCUUCUGCUCAUGGAUCCCAAUGAUAAUGCUAGACAUGUUGGUCGGUGUAUCCUUGAACAAGUUUCAAACACACGAGGCCUAACAAGUGGACUGCAGUUUCUUUGCUCUAGCCCAUCUUCACUCUCAGCUACCUUUACAGGGUUAAGACAUGGUCUUAAGCUGGUUCAGUUGGACUGUGUUCUAUCAGAAUUUCAGACUUUACAUCAUUUCUUUUUUGUAUUGUGCAAACUACUGAAAGAAGGGAAUUCAUGUACCCAGCCUCUAGUGAGAAAAUCAUCCGAGGACUCUAGUAUCUCAAAAUUUUCUUCCCAGGGUGGAUUCUUAAAGCAGCCAGUGCUUCAAACUCAAACUGAACACAUGGAUGCACAUAAAUCAGUUGUCAGUUUCAUUGUAUGGGAAAAAUUUUGUUGCCUACUCUCAGAAAUGGCUUGGAUCUCUGUUCAGAAGUGCUUGGCAGCUGGGAAGGUGUUUAUAGGUCAAAAACCAUCUCAGGUAUGGAUCUUAGCGUGUUUAUCUACUAUCUCGUGACAUUUCUUUCUUUCCUGGAUACGUAUAUUGUCUACGGCUGUAUGAUUUCAGGAAUUGUAUGUUACCUUCUUGUUGUGCAGAAUAGGUCGAGAGUGCCUCUGUGGUUUGAAAACCAUGAUACUAAUAAUAAAAUAGGAGGCUUCCAAUAAAAAACGAAAAUCAUCCCCAUCUACCUGUCAAAUGCUUCUUGAGUUCCUCUUGCCUCCAAAAACCUCAUGAAAGAUUAAAUACCACCAAUUCCCAUGUAUAAAGUACUAUAUGAUAAAAUAUUCAUCACAUUAUCUU